CGGGGCGCGGCGCGGCGUGGCGUGUUAUGUUAUAUCCGGCGGGCGCUUCGCCGCUGCCCCGGGGUCCACGGGCCGGGGCCGGGGCCGUCCGCGCCAUGGAUACCUGCGACCUGUUCUCCAGCUGCAGGAAGGGGGACGUGGGCCGAGUGCGGUACCUGCUGGAGCAGCGAGACGUGGAGGUGAACGUGCGGGACAAGUGGGACAGCACCCCCUUGUACUACGCCUGCCUCUGUGGACACGAAGAGCUGGUGCUGUACCUGCUGGCCAACGGAGCCCGCUGCGAGGCCAACACCUUCGAUGGGGAGCGCUGUCUCUAUGGGGCACAGAGUGAUGCCAUCCGCCGGGCCCUGCGUGACUACAAGCAGGUGACAGCCUCCUACUGGCGGCGGGACUCCUACUAUAGCUUCCUGCUGCGCCUCCUGGAGCAGGGCAUCCACAGCGACGUGGUCUUCUUGGUGCACGGGAAGUCCUUCCGGGCACAUCGCUGCAUCCUGGGUGCUCGCAGCACCUACUUCGCACACAUGCUCGACACCAAAUGGAAGGGCAAGAGUGUCGUGGUCCUCAGGCACCCUCUGAUCAACCCCGUGGCCUUUGGGGCCCUUCUGCAGUACCUGUACACAGGCUGCCUGGACGUCGGUGUAGAGCAUGUCGGCGACUGUGAGCGUCUGGCCAAGCAGUGCCAGCUGUGGGACCUGCUCGGCGACCUGGAGGCCAAGGGUGAGUGCAUGCCCAGGCCUUGGGGCCUCAGGCAGCAGCUGGUGGGCCGCCCGGCUCCCUGAAGCUGCGUUCUCCCCUCCAAGCCAGGCACGUGUGUGAAGAUGCUGACCAUCGAGCCCCCGCAGGCAGACCCCCGGUUGCGGGAGGACCUGACCCUACUUGCCGACUGUGCCCAGCCCCCUGAGCUCCUGGGUGGUCUUGGGGAGCUGCCCUGCCCUUGCGAUGGCUUCAGCAGCUGUCCUGAUGUCUGCUUCCGAGUGGACGGUUACAGCUUCCUCUGUCACAAGGCCUUCUUCUGUGGCCGCAGCGAUUACUUCCGGGCCCUGCUGGAUGACCACUUCCGAGAGAACGAGGAGCUGGAGGCGUCAGGCGGCCUCCUGGCCAUCACCCUGCACGACAUCUCGCCCGCCAUCUUCACCCACGUGCUGUACUACAUCUACAGUGAUCACACCGAGCUGCCUCCCGAGCUGGCCUACGACGUGCUGAGUGUGGCCGACAUGUACCUGUUGCCAGGCCUGAAGCAGCUGUGUGGCCGUGGCCUGGCCCAGCUGCUGGACGAGGACAGUGUGGUGGGCGUGUGGCGCGUGGCCAAGCUGUUUGGCCUGGCGCGCCUGGAGGACCAGUGCACGAAGUACAUGGCCAAGGUCAUCGAGAAGCUGGUGGAGCGGGAGGACUUCGUGGAGGCGGUGAGGGAGGAGGCUGCGGCCGUGACAGCCCGGCAGGAGACGGACUCCAUCCCCCUGGUGGACGACAUCCGCUUCCACGUGGGCAGCACCGCGCAGACGUGCCACGCCAUGGAGCAGGCGGAGCAGCAGCUGCGGGCGCUGGAGGACCUGCUGGUGUCCAUCGGCCUGGACUGCUGAGGGCUGUGCACGGCGUGCUUUGUGAGUCACUAUGCCGGCAGGCACUCAGCGGGGCUCCCCUCUUGUGCCUGGGGACCCCGGGGAGGGGCACCUUGGGCUGAGGCCUCUCCCACAGCACAAACCAGCCCCAAGGCCCUGGGGCUGGGCACCACUCAGGGAAACUUGGCGGGCGGUCUCUUCGGGCCUACCUCCCCCGUCCUACCUGCUCCUGGCCCUCUCCUCGUGUGUUUUCCUGGGCAGAGGCGGGCAAUAAAGCUUGAAUUCAC